UAUAUGUUAGUGUAUUGGGUGGUUAUCUAGUCAUUCACAGUAGUUAGACACGCGGGCUUUAACGUUCUGGGGGUUCCUUGUGUACUAUUUACAGGUACACAAUGUAUUCAUGUUACAACCUGGAUAUCGGCGUACAACAUGGCACCUGAGGCAUGUCAGAUAUAGAAUGGUAACGGAGCGGCUAUCAGCAACACUGGUUGAAUGGGCAAUGUAGUAAGUCCAAAUACAUGGCACUCCAGUGUCGAUACUGCUGGCGGUGAGGACCCCGCCCCUUGGAUGUCAACAACGGUCCGUUCCAACAGAACAUUUGCAGAUCACCUUGUCGCCAAGGCAACCGGUUUCAGGAGGAUUAAUGAAAACACAGUAGUUAAUCAAUCAAAGGAUCCGGAGACAACAUAUGGAGUGAAAUGGAGUCGAGGAUUUUGUAAAGGCCGUCACAUCUUUGAGAUAGGUUUCCCGACGUGGAUGCGAGGAAAACAUGCUAGUGUGGGAAUCGCAAACGAAAGCGCACCAAUUUACCUUCAUAAAAGUGCUGCCCUAGUUGGAGAAACAAAGGAUUCAUGGGGAAUUGAUCUUGUGACGUCACGUACGGUUCACAACGGAAAGGAGAUUUCAAAGUUUCCCAGGGGUGGUCAACGUAAGUUACCGGACAGAUUUUACAUGUAUGUCGACAUACCAGAGAGGAAAUUAUUAUUUGGGGCUGAUGGGAUAUUUUAUGGGUGCGCCUUCUCCGAUAUGGACAUUGAGGGACAAACUGUGUAUCCUAUGAUAUCAGCUACGUCACCAGGGGCAGCAGUCACCAUGGUCUACAGAGGAAAAGGUAUCAUCGUGACAGGUCCUAUCCGCAAGACAAGAUGACGUAAUCACUUCCGGUUCAGGGUGUUUCCGUGAUGACGUGUUCUCUUCAUUGCCAUGUGAAGAAAUCUUCAAGUUUAUAUCUAACUUCUGUGUAAUCCCUGUACAUAGAAUUAAUUACCAUAACAGCUGUAUACAGCGUUACCCUUUAGGUACCACACGUGCAAGAUCGGGAUAGGUCAGCACGUGUCAUGGGUACCGUAGUUACGUACUAAGCACAGAAGGAAAAUAUCUACAAGAGUCAUCAAAGUUUGGCCUUUCUAGUGUCUAACGCAGUCAUCGUUAGUGAUACGCAUUGACAAUAUCUCACUGACGAGGGCACCUGUUUUGUAUAAAGCUAAAUAUGUGAAAUGUCCAGAUACCCAGUGUCUUUUCCAUUAUAUUAAUGAUUCCACUGUAUAGACAAUUAAAAUAUUCAUUUAUAUAA